AUGCACGUUAUGAGCAUGAUGUACUCGUCUCGCUGGCUUCUUGGGGGGCUGCUCCUCGCUAGUUUCACACAAGCCGCUCUCGAACUUGUCCCUGGAGCGACAUGGACCGCUGCCAACACAGGCAAACAUAUCCAGGCCCACGGCGCCGGCAUCAUCCGCACCAGCGAAGAAAACGGCAUCUACUACAUGAUCGGCGAAGAAAAGACUGAAGGCCACCUCUUCCAAGCCGUGAACUGCUACUCGUCGAAAGACCUGAUUGACUGGGCAUUUGAAGGCCGCCUCCUUAGCCGCGACGACAGCGCAGCAGGCGCGGGAACCGACAUCGGACCAAACCGGCUGAUCGAGCGGCCCAAAGUGCUUAGAAAUGACAAGACGGGCAAGUACGUCAUGUGGAUGCACGUCGACUCGCCUGACUACACGGACGCGCGGACCGGCGUCGCGACGAGCGAUACCGUCUGCGGUGAGUACGCGUACCAGGGCAGUUUCCGGCCGCUGGAUAAGCAGAGUCGCGACAUUGGGCAUUUUAAGGAUGACGAUGGGUCGGGGUAUUUACUUACUGAGGAUCGCGAAUACGGCACGCGCAUCAUGAAGCUCACGGACGACUACCUGGGCAUCAAAGAGAUCACAUUUGGCUUCGAAGGCGUCUGGGCUGAGUCGCCGGCGUUCGUGAAGCGCAGUGAUACUUAUUAUAUUUUCGGAUCGUGGAUGACGGGGUGGGCGCCGAAUGAUAAUAUCUACAGCACUGCAACUUCACUCUCAGGCCCGUGGUCAUCCUGGGCCAGUUUCGCCCCCGCCGGCUCAAAGACACACCUAAGCCAGACAAGCUAUAUCCUACCGCUAGGCACCAACGGGGCAAUCUACAUGGGUGAUAGAUGGGUAGAGCAUAACCUGGCCGCGAGCACGUACGUCUGGCUUCCGCUGAUCAUCGACGGCACAACCGUGACUCUGAACUGGCACGAUUCGUGGAGCGUGGAUGUCGCCGCGGGAACGUGGAAGCCCGGUGCUGCUAUCACGGCAUUCGAGGGCGAGAAUGAUGGAGUCCUCAGUGGCGGUGCGGGGGUUGUCGGUUGCUGGGAGUGCAGUGAGGGUCAGGCGGCCGGGUGGAUUGGGGGUGAUAGCAAUGGUGUCGAUGGGGCUGUUACCUUUGAGGUCAACGCGGAGAAAGCAGGGCCUGUUACGCUUGUUGUGAGGUAUGUGAGCGGGGAUCGGUACGCAGCCGUGGAGGUGAAUGGGCAGGCGCAGACGAUUGCUUUCCUGCCUACCACCCUCAUUUGGAAUCAGGCUGAUCGUAGCGUGGUGCACGUUGAGCUGCAGGCUGGAAAGAAUGUUGUCAAGAUCUCCGGGGUCAGUGGCUGGGGACCGGAUGUUGAUCGUUUGGAGGUUCCACAAGCCUAA